UGUGGGCCAUAUCUUCCCCUGGCCCCAGACUCUGCGGUCCCUCCCCUGAGCUGGGCUGGGUCAGCCGGAGCUUUGAGUGGCAGACACCCCUGCAGCCAUUCCCUGGGGAAGGGCCCCAGCAGCCGCUGUGCCAUUGUGCCAGGGAGGUGCGAGUGAGACAAGAUGAACUGGACGGGCCUGUACGCCUUACUCAGCGGGGUGAACCGGCACUCCACGGCCAUCGGGCGCGUCUGGCUCUCGGUCAUCUUCAUCUUCCGCAUCAUGGUGCUGGUGGUGGCCGCCGAGAGCGUGUGGGGCGACGAGAAGUCCUCCUUCGUCUGCAACACCCUGCAGCCGGGCUGUAACAGCGUGUGCUACGACCAGUUCUUCCCCAUCUCCCACGUGCGCCUGUGGUCCCUGCAGCUCAUCUUGGUGUCCACGCCGGCCCUGCUGGUGGCCAUGCACGUGGCCCACCAGCAGCACAUGGAGAAGAAGCUACUGCGGCUCGAGGGUCACGGGGACCCCUUGCACCUGGAGGAGGUCAAGCGUCACAAGGUGCACAUCUCGGGCACGCUGUGGUGGACCUACGUCAUCAGCGUGCUCUUCCGCCUGCUCUUCGAGGCCGUCUUCAUGUACGUCUUCUACCUGCUCUACCCGGGCUACGCUAUGGUGCGCCUGGUCAAGUGCGACAGCUACCCCUGCCCCAACGUGGUGGACUGUUUCGUGUCCCGGCCCACGGAGAAGACCGUCUUCACCGUCUUCAUGCUGGCCGCCUCGGGGAUCUGCAUCGUGCUCAACGUGGCCGAGGUGGUGUACCUCAUCAUCCGGGCCUGCGCCCGGCGCGCCCAGCGCCGCUCCAACCCCUCCUCGCGCAAGGGCUCCGGCUUCGGCCACCGCCUGUCCCACGAGUGCAAACAGAACGAGAUCAACAAGCUGCUCAGCGACCAGGACGGCUCCCUCAAGGACAUCCUGCGGCGGAGCCCGGGCACCGGGGCCGGCCUGGCCGAGAAGAGCGACCGCUGCUCCGCCUGCUGAGCCCGCGGCCGGGCCGCGCCCACCACCAGCUCUAGCCUUCGCCCGCUCUCGGUGCCCCGGUCUGCCGGGCCGCGGCCCAAGCCCGUGGCCCUGGCCCUCCGACUGGGGGGGGGGGGGGGGGGG